AAUUGAUAUGCUUGUUCUUGACCUUCUCAUAUUCAUAUAUUUUCUUCUCACAAAACCUCCUCUAUCUUCAACCUCUUCCUCUCUGUCCCUCACCUAUGCAUGCUGAAACAUUGCAAUAAUUACACAGAUGAGUACUGAUCAUGAUAUAGUAAAAAGGGCUCUCAACAGCCUCGGAAAAGGGUUCGACUUAACAUCAGAUUUUCGACUGAAGUACUGCAAGGGAGAAGACAGACUGGUCCUGCUUAAUGAAACAGAAGCAAAAGAACUUAUUGUACCAGGUUUCGGAUCCUUCAAAGAUGUUUCCAUCGACAUCAAAUGUGAUAAAGGCGAUCGAACAAGAUACCAAACCGAUAUUCUGGACUUCAAUCAGAUGUCAGAAUUUUUCAAUCAAAAAAGUUCGGUGCCCGGAAAAAUUCCAUCUGGGUUGUUCAAUUCAAUGUUUGGUUUCCAAAGCGGUUCAUGGGCUAUUGAUGCAGCCAACACAAAAUAUUUAGGUCUUGAUGGUUACUUCAUAGUACUCUUCAAUGUCCACAUUGAUCGUUAUCCUCUUGUUCUCUCCGAUGAAGUCCGAAAUGCCGUUCCUUCAACUUGGGAUCCAUGUGCUAUUGCAAGAUUCAUAGAGAAAUACGGUACCCACAUCAUUGUGGGGCUGAGCAUUGGGGGCAAAGAUGUUGUGCUGGUGAGGCAAGACAAGUCUUCUAACUUUGAACCAUCACCACUAAAGAACCAUUUGGAUGAUCUAGGUGAUCAGCUGUUCACUGGCUCAUGCACCUUCUCUCCACAUCCGUGCAAAACCAAAGAACAAAAACAAAAGGUACCACAGGCUUUCAAAGUCUUUGAUCCGGAACCUAAACUGUUCAAUAGCUGCCCAUCUAUCACAGCAAAAGAUGGAAUAACAGUUAUAUGCUGCAAGAGGGGUGGAGAUUUGACGGCCAACACGCACUGCGAAUGGCUUCUGACGGUUCCGUCGUUGCCGGAUGCAAUUCACUUCAGCUUCAUUCCGAUAACUUCUCUCCUUAAGGGUGUUCCGGGCAAGGGUUUCUUAUCACAUGCCAUCAAUCUCUAUCUUCGCUAUAAGCCUCCUAUAUCUGAUUUACAGUACUUUCUGGACUUCCAAACGCAUAAGGCCUGGGCUCCGGUUCACAAUGACUUCCCACUAGGCCCUGCCACAAAUAGGGCUAUUCUAACCCCUGCCCUACAUUUCAACUUGAUGGGUCCAAAGCUCUAUGUAAACUCUACUCAGGUCACAGUUGGGAAGAGACCGGUUAUUGGAAUGCGGUUGUAUCUCGAGGGAAUGAAAUGCAAUAGGUAAUACAUGCUUCAUAAUGCUAUGAUCCAAAAUGAUAUUGGUCUCUUGAAUCUUUAGGCCAUUAGAAUUCACCCCAUUAGGGUCACACGUCCUCGUGUGGUUCCUACUAAGUUUUGGUUAGUGCUUGCUUUUUAUACCAUUUUUUUAAUAUUGCGGAUGCGUCAUGUAUAAUAUUGUAUGUGUUGGGGUUGGCCCGUGCUUUACAACUUACUAUAUUGAAAAUCCAAAACUCUCACUUAUCAAGUGCAUCACUGUUGUGAUCGUGCAGCAAUUAUGGUGAAUAGUAAGGAAUCAUACAAUUAAGAAAGCAGGAGAAAAUAACACACAGAGAUUUACGUGGUUCGGCAAUGUACCUACAUCCC